AUGGGCUCGCAGGAGAAGAUUCUGCCUCAGAAAGGCCAACGGAAUAUCCUAAUUACCAGCGCUUUGCCCUAUGUUAAUAACGUACCGCAUUUGGGAAAUAUUGUCGGUUCCGUCCUGAGUGCUGACGUUUUUGCGAGAUAUCACAAAGCCUGUGGCAGACCGACGUUGUAUAUCUGCGGGACAGACGAAUAUGGCACUGCAACUGAGACCAAAGCCCUGGAGGAGGGUGUGACCCCCGAGGAACUUUGUGCGAAAUACAACAAAAUUCACCAAGAGGUCUACGAGUGGUUUGGUAUUGGCUUUGAUAUCUUUGGUCGAACCCCAACAGCUAAGCAUACGGAAAUUUCACAGAGUAUCUUCAAAAGACUCUAUAACAAUGGAUACCUGGAGGAAAAGACGGCCGAACAACCUUAUUGCGAAAAACACGAGUCAUUUUUGGCAGACAGAUACGUCGAAGGAGAGUGCCCUCGAUGUCAUUACGAUGACGCGAGAGGAGAUCAGUGUGACAAAUGUGGAAACUUGCUAGAUCCCUUUGACCUGAUAAAUCCUCGCUGCAAGGUUGAUGGCGCGACACCGGUAAACCGCCCAACAAAACACAUACACCUUCUUUUAGAUAAACUCCAGCCCCAGAUCGAAGAAUGGGUUCGUCCAGCCAUCGAGAAGGGUGAUUGGCCAAAGAACAGCCGGGUCAUUACCGAAGCAUGGCUAAAAGAGGGUUUGAAGGAUCGUGGCAUUACUAGAGAUUUGAAAUGGGGUGUACCGGUUCCGCUCGAGGGAUACGAAAAGAAGGUUCUCUACGUUUGGUUUGAGGCUUGUAUUGGAUAUCCUUCCAUCACAGCAAAUUACACGGACGAUUGGGAGCUCUGGUGGAGGAAUCCAGAUGACGUUCAACUGUACCAGUUUCUGGGCAAAGAUAAUGUGCCUUUCCAUGCUGUUAUUUUCCCUGGCUGUCAGUUAGGCACUAAUGACAAAUGGACCAUGCUACAUCACCUAAGUACGACGGAAUACCUAAACUAUGAGAAUGGCAAGUUCAGCAAAUCUCGUGGUAUCGGGGUGUUUGGUAAUAAUGCCAAGGACACUGGAAUUCCGGCAGAUGUAUGGAGGUAUUACCUUUUGAAAAAUAGACCCGAAACAGGGGACACACAAUUUGAAUGGCGAUCUUUUAUUGACGCCAAUAAUGGAGAGCUUCUGGCCAAAUUGGGAAACCUCGUGAACAGAAUUAUCAAACUGAUUGCAAGUCCCAAAGCUUACAGUGGUGUUGUCCCUGAGUUUACAGUACCAGAAUCUUUCAACCCCGUUUUAGAUGACAUAACGGGGAUUCUUCGUCAAUAUAUCGAAGAAAUGGAAAGUGUUCAUCUCCGUGCAGGACUCACCACUGCCAUGAGAAUUGCUGAAGCAGGAAAUAAUCUUAUCCAAUCCAAUAAACUCGACAAUUCCCUCAUUGCUAAUGAACCUGAACGCGCGGCUACUGUAGUUGGCAUCGUCAUCAACUUGAUUCACCUUCUAUCCAGCGUUUUUGCUCCCUAUCUCCCUACCACAUCAAAAUCCAUCCUUGAACAACUCGAUGCUACGUUUAAUAAUAUUCCAUCUUUGGACGACCUUAAAGAGGGCUGGAAACCAACAGUCAUAAAACCAGGCCAUAAAAUUGGAAAAGCACAAUACCUCUUCACCAAUAUUGAUGUCAAGAAGGCGGAUGAAUGGCGUGCCGUAUUCGGUGGCUCGCAGGCUGAACGACAGAAGAAGGAAGAGGAAGCCGCUAAGUUAGCUGCGAAGAAAGCUGCAAACAAGGCAAAGAAGAAGGACAAGAAAAAGUCGCCAAAGGCUGGCCAGGAGGAAGCUAUUGGUAAUGAGGGAAAACGUGUAGAGUCAUCUGCGAAAGGGGGUACCGAAUCGGUGUCUGUGGCGGCUGAGGGCAACGAAGACGAGCCUGUCGAGAAGAUUGCCGACGGCGUUGCGCAAGUUACCAUUCCUACGUCUUAG